UUCCCGAGCACAUUGCUUCGCAACGAUGGAAGUGUCUUGUUUGAAAAUAAUCAGGUUUUGUGUUGUUUUGAUUUCAUUAUGCAUCUACGAAGUCGUCGGAGAAGUAGAUUUGACGGUGGACAUUGAACCUGGUAAAACAGAAUGCUUUUACGAAAUCACAACAAAAGAGACAACGAUUGAAGUGGAGUACCAGGUUCUUGAUGGUGGGGAUUUGGACAUUAGUUUUUAUGUCCAAGGACCCAAAGGUACAAUCAUCGCUGCUGAGAUGAAAAAGUCAGAAGCAACCCACAAAUUGGAUGCAAAGGUGCCAGGGGAAUAUAAAAUUUGUUUCGACAAUAGUUUUAGUAGAUUUUCCAACAAGAUAUUAUUUUUUGAAAUUUCCACUGGUGAAAAUGAGGAGAAGCAAACUGGUGAAUGGGAUGAUGUGAUUGAUGAGAUGGAAGAGCUAAUGGAUGUUACUUUGGAAUAUUUUAAGGACAGUGUUGAUGUAGUCAGGAAUAACCUGGACAGAACCAUGCAGAUGCAGACAAUAAUGCGAAUGCAUGAGGCCAGAGAUCGCAAUAUUGUAGAAAACAAUUUUGAGCGUGUAAAUGUUUGGUCUUGUAUCCAGCUCUUUAUCAUGAUAUCUGUAGGUUUGGCACAAGUUCUUAUGAUUCGUAAUCUGUUCGACGAUAAAAAUAAAGUUGGCAAAACCAAAGUUCGUACGUGAUAAUCAUUUAAGAUAGGGCCUAGGGAUAUUGCAGUGUUUGUAUAAAUGUAAACUACAGUAGCCUACCCCUGGCUCAUUAUUAUUAGUUUGGGCAGAGGGUUGUAUUAGUAUUUCUGUAAGUGUGUUAAGGCGAAGCAAUUAAGGGGCUAGAAAUAUUAGUAGUAUUUGGACCGUUUCCAGAGUCGAGGGAGUUGUAUUUAACUACUACAGGCGUUACGGUUUGUUGACAAGACAGAUGAACAGUUCAAGGUGACUGAAAUGCACAAUUAAUUUAUGUAAAAUAUGUAGGUAUACCUAGACAAAUACUAGUCUUAUCUGCUACACAUGUCCAUACCAAGCCUUAGGCCUCGGGAUCAAGAAGCGAUCUUAGACUGAAGUCAUAAAAUUUGGUAUGUUCCUUUAAGCUAUUUUAGCUGAAAUUUGAUGUAUACUCACUUAUCCAGAAUUUACAUUGUCAAGCAAAAUUUUGACCGUACAACAUAAGAAACAACAAUUUUAAAGUGAUUUGUAAUUGUGGCUUAAUUCUAAGAUCGCUUUGUGAUCCCAGAGCCAGAUCUUAUCUGCCCAUACUAGUAGCGUCAGUAGUACAGUGUCCAUGUACAGUAACUGUUAUUUGACCCAUUUCCUGAGAUAACACUGAAAUGGCAGGGCACUAGCAUUGGGUUGUUUAGUCAUAUGAUAUGCCGGUGCAGGUAGAAAUGCCUUUAAACCUCUUAGUUAAAGUGAGAUUUUUUAUUCCAGGCUAGUGUAGCUGGUACUCCACAAGUCCUUGUAAAAACAGUUAGGUCAGAAUUACUUUUUUCUCUUUCAAGGUGAUUCUCCGGCAUUCUGAUUCUCCAACAGUUACUCAACAAACCAUUGGUGAAUGCAUAAAAUAUGUGAAAUUGAUGACAAUAGAUAAUUGACUAAUCAUAAAGAACAAAAACAUCUAAUCCAUUUCACUGGAAUGUUAAGUUUUACAGAUAAUGCAAUUAAAUCAAAUUAAAUCACAAAAAUAGAUUUUGCCAUGAUUUUUAGCUUUAGAAUUCAUGCUGUAUAUUAUCGAAAAUGAACAAAAUCUUGAAUCAAAAUUCUUUGUUUUCCAGCAUCACACAGCUAGUUCAUUCAUAUGGUUUCUGUUUGAAAAAGGGGAUAUUCAUAGCUUACAUGUAGUUGGUGGAAGUCUGUCAUUUGCAAUAAGAAAUUAAAUAGUGGUGAAUGGUGCAGUUCUGUCAAUGUGGUCUUGGUCUCCCUGUUCUAUUUCAAACUAUCAAAUGUUGUUGGCAAGUCGGUUUGGAUUCAUGUGUUCAAGACAGUCAUUUGGAAGAUUACACUGAUUGUUUCUUGCGUUGUAUUGAUGUAUUUUUCUUUCUUAACAUAUAUGCUAUUUUUGUUAAAAGAUGUUACUAAGAACAAUUGCGUUGGUGUUCUGAGCAGUUGAAAGUGUAUCAACGAACAAAAGAUCAAACUGAUUUAAUAUGGUCUGGAGGAAGCUUUUAAUUACAUUUAUAAUGUUGUGCUAAUUAUAUUUGUACAUAGGUUUAAAAUGGUGCUUGAUAUAUGAACAAUUUUUGUUUCCUACAAUCUUGAUGAAUAGACAGUGUGAUAUCUGAGGGUGUGUUUAUAUUGCUUAAUAUACUUAUGGUUGCAAGUUAGACCUCUGGUAUUUUUUCCCUUUUUGGAUGUGAAGUAUGAAAGUAUUGUGAUCUUCAGUAAACAGUGUGCAUAUGACUUGGGCAAAACAUAUGCUGGUAACUACAGGUGGUGUUUUAGAUUCAUUUGAAAAGUAAGAAUUGCUGCAAUUUUUUUAAAAUUGUCUGGAA